UAUGAAUGGGUGGAUCUGAGUUGCCUGACGUACUAGCCUGGACGCCCGAAGUUUUCCGUAAACCCUGGAUUUCAGACAGUCCUCUACCCGCAAACAUUAUCUCCAAGUAGCCGCGACGACUGUAGCAGAUCUCCUGUAGAGUUAGGCUGGAGUUCAGCCUUGUUAGCUCUUAGCAUAAGCGUUGCCAGGAACCCCGAUUGAGACACUUUUUUUUCAGAUUGGGCAGGUUUUUCCGCCAAGGGUCAAAGGUGAAAAUGGCUGCUACCAGGAACAAGAAAGUUCGUGAAACAUUAACGUUAAUAGUUCUGACUUGGAUUUUGCUCGUUUGUGCCGGUGAGGAGGAGGUCAGGAGAAGCCACGGCAUUAGACAAGCGCAGUACACUCGAGACAUGUGUGACGAUGGCAAGACCAGCAUAGCGUUGGAUUUACAAGGCAUAAAGUAUGACUGUGAGGCCAAAAUACAUUCUCCAGUAUAUGCUGAAAUGAGUCCAAGUAGAAGCAACUGUUCCACACCAAAAGAGCCAUUGCACAAAUGUAUGAGGGACAGAAUUACUUACACUCAGAGGAUCCCACACAGUGGGAUGCACAGACCCAAGUGGGCAAAGUAUGGUACCUAUAAAUACCUACCACCACAACGAUGGCUACACAACAUAGAGCAUGGUGCUGUCGUUGCUUUGUAUGACCCCUGUGCACCUCAGACGCAGGUUGAUGUGCUGAAACAGACUGUUAGGAGGUGCCUGAGGAAGCACAUCAUCACCCCUUAUACCAAGCUGACUCACACUUAUCCAUUUGCCCUGUCUGCCUGGGGAUGUACAUUGGAGAUGGCCCACAUUAAUGUGACAGAGGUGCAGGGCUGGAUUGUGCAACAUGCUCUUCAGUCUGGUGAGGAGAGCAGGGAGACCAAAGAUGGGCAGUAUUCCCACUGGCUCCUUCAGGCUGCUGAUGUUGUUUCAGAUCUACAGGAGUCUGUUAUUUGCCCAGACAUUCAAACAACUAGUGCCACUGCAAUUACACAACAGACAAACACUACACAGCAUACAGAGCUAGCAGAUACAGCAGUAGUCCAUGUGGGAUCUGGCAGUCAGCAUUCAGAACCAGAUACUAGUACGGCUCUGUCUGUUGGGCCCACAGAAGGUAGUUCUGCAAGAUUAACUGGCGACAGAAAACUUCUAGUAACAGAUUCCGAUUUUAUAAAAAACAUGGUCAUGUCCAAACAAGGGAAACUUUUGACUGCAUCAACACCAGCACGGAAACAGUCCUCACUACUCGUGCCACAGAUGGCAUCCAGCAGAGUCACAGCACAAGAAACAGGUGCAUAUAGAUCAUUAACAUCAGUAAACUCAUACACUGCCAAUGUUCCUCAUUCUGUUACUGUGCAAAAUUCUAGUCCAAAAACUGCAGAUCAGACUCAACAAAUGUCAACAAUGUAUCAGACACAAGAACUGCCAUCAAAUAUGAUGACACAGAGAACUCCUCAUAGACAUAGUCACCAAGUCAACCAAAGUGUGAUGACAAAUGCACUGGAGGGUUUCCAUCAGGAUCAGGCAUACUGGGCAUUAGGUAGCCUAGUGUUUCUGCUUGGACUGCUUAGUGGUGCUGUGUAUCAUACAAAACUCUGGAGGAAGAAGGUACAAGGUGAAAUGUUCAAACAAGUGGAAACAGUCAAGGACUGGGAGCAGGCCCCUAAGGAAAAGCUAAGCAUACCAGGCCUUAUCAGAAAAAAGUUUGAUCUGCUGAGACAGAAGACAACCAGAUAUCACCUGUUGAACCAACAAGAAGUGUUGUACAACGCCAUGUUUUCUGAAUCAGAUGUAGAUAGUGAUAAUCAAUAAGAGUAUGAAUAGGUUGUUUUGUAUCAUAUAAAUCAAUUAUUUUAAUUACUUAGUUGAUAAUGUACAUUUGUACAUAAGACCACACUAGGUUUUAGUUCUCAAUCAGUUGCUAAUUUUGUAAUAUACAUGUACAAUUUAUCAAAGUUGAGGUUUUCUUAUUCACUACUGCCAAGUCCUACAACUAGGAUUAUUGGCAGGUUGAUUCUGUUUCUGUUUUAAGUGGCUUUUACUGUAAACAUCAUAAAACAUUUCACCUAGCCUGGCGAAUUUGGGUGGACAUUUUGCAAGAUAUAUUUAUGAUAAAUGAUAAAAGGGAAGGUGCAAUUGGUUUUAAUUCUUUUUCUAAACAAUUAGAAAACCUUUUAAUAUGCGUUAUUGUAGCUAUUCAAUAUGUAUAACGUUAUAUUUUUAAAUUUUUUGUCGAUGUGUUGUUCUUACUUGUCCUGAAAAAUAAUAAACAUUGCCAGUGCUGUAAAUUAACAGAUUAAACAGCCUUAUUUGACAAUGUUUCAAUGUUGAAACAAAGUUGAAACAAUGUACUUCCUUUGUAGAGUUACUAAUGACAAGAAAAACGAUACACAGUCAGGAAGUUGCAUUAUGGAUUUAAUUGUGUACUCAUGUGGUAUUACAAAGUUCUGUCAAGUGGCUGUGGAUUACACUUACACUGACAGGCAGGCCAUGUAAAUUGGAUACUGCUUACUGGCAUAUGGCAAUAUACAUAUUUUGUUAAUUCCUUUUCAUCAUGAUACAGUAGUAGCUAAAUAUACCAUGUACAUGUACAUGUACUAGUAGUCUACCAGUGUUGUGCAAUCACAAGGGGUAGGAUGACUCACGUGUAAGAGUCUAGAAGGGGACAAUAUUGUUGAACUCACCAAUACAAGCAAUUUUGUAAAAUAAUUACAAACUUAAAUUGAAUGGCAACACUUUUCCUUUUGAUUUCUGAUUGGUUGUUUAAUAUUGGAGUCAAUGCAUUGGCAGCUAUGUAGUUUUGAAGUGGUGGUGUUGGGGAAAUGCUAUCACUGUGAAUGUGGUGGCAGUCUCAGUUUGAUAAUAGAAUUCAGUGUAAAACUUACAUGUUAUUAAUAUGUAAUUUGUCAUAAGUAAUUAGGAUUUGCUCAAAUAUAGGUAUUAUCUUUUUCUGAGUCUUUGCCCCAGACAAAAAUUUUGUAGCAAUCACAUAGGGAAAGUAUUCUGAAGCCCACUGAUGAGGUGGAAUAGUUUCCUCUAACUGAUUUCCAAUUCUUCAUGUAUAAUUGCAUCUGUAGUAAUUCAUAUUUAGUAUUUUUGAUCACUAUGUUUACCACUUAACAAAACCCACUUAUCAACAAAGAGGCAUGAACAAGUUGUUCAGUUAUUUGGAUUGGCCUGCUGGCAGUUUGGUCAAAAACUUCAUGCAUGCUGAUGUCAUCCAUAAUUAUAAUCAAGUCAAAAUGCCUCUGAUGUUAAAAAAAAAUUUGUUGUCUUCCUUGGUUUCUGGUCAAAGUGUCCAUUGGCAAGCCAAAUGUCUGAUUUAUAUCUUUUAGCCUUUAAUUACCUUUACCAAGAAGGUUGUGUUUUCAGUAGUGUUUGUCCGUCUGUCUGUGAACCAGGCUCUGUGAACAGCAUAACUCAAGAUCUAGAAGCUUAAUACAUCGAAAUACGUCGAUGACCUCUCUAUGGCCGAGUCAUGCCACCACAGCAAACCAUCUGUUCUACAGAGUGAGCUGGACAGGUUUAGUGACUGGUUACUGAAUGCGGACAAGUGCAAAGUAAUGGUCUUUUGUUGGAUGAAACUGCCCCCUGCCCCACCUGUCCUUACAAUUGAUGGAUCACAGCUGGAGAUCGUGCCUGUUACAUGUUUACUUGGGGUUGUUUACAGGCGAACUUAAAAAGGACAUCACAUGUGGACAAAAUGGUAUCGAAAUCUAAUCAUAUGGCAGAUUGUUCAUGUUGAGAAAAUUGAAAUGAUUCAACCUUACAACUGACAAUCUAAUCCAAGUUGUACGUAAGUCCGGAAUGUCGUUGGAAUAUCGUGCACCUGUCUGGCACUCUAGGCUGAUGUCAUCACAGUCUGUACGUCUGGAGAGAGUCCAGAAGAGAGCGCUCCGCAUCAUCCUCGGAGACCGUUACAUGACCUAUGACACAUCCCUGAAGGACACUGACCUCCGGACACUUCAACACUGAACUGACCUGUGUCUAAAGUUUGCAAGGAAACUGGACUCAGCAGUUCUGCUGCCAAGAGUGGGAAAUGUCCAUAACAGAAACACGAGAAACUCUGACAUUUUGAGGAUAUUCCAACUCACCAAUCCCAUACUUUGCUAGACUGCUGAAUGAUUCAAAUACUUCAGGAUCGUGCAGCACAGAGGCCUUUUUGUAAAUUUUAAUUCCUAUUAAAUGCUGUUUGUAAAUAUUGUUGUUAAAUGCGGUUUGUAAAUAUGAGUAUUUUUAGUGUAUUUAAGAAUUGUGAUUUUAAGUAUAUGUACAGUCGGCGGACUGUGAAAUGCUUCUUGUUGUUUUACUACUACAAACGAAUAAACCAUUCAUUCAGUCAUUCACUAAUAUGCAUUAUCAUGAAACUUGGUAGGUCAG